GUUGUAUAUAGUCUCGCCUGCAUACCAUCGGCUGCUAUUUAUUUGAGGAUUACGACGUCGUUAAGUUAAUUCGUUCGUUUUAUCCGGAACAUUCAACAUACAGAUAAGAUGGUCUGCUUCAAAGGGUGUGUUUUAUUACUGUGUCUGGUUGUCGCAAUUAAUGGUGCGACGCUCAGAGAUUUGUUCAACAGACCGAAUUACGAGUUUUCCGACAGAGCCGAAGCCGACGAUACUGAUACCUUUUGGCAAAAUUAUGACAGAUUAAUCGAGGUUGGUAUAAAAAUUGCAUCAUUUAUACAUACCGAUUUAUACAUAUUUCGCCCUCAUGCGCCCUACUUUAUUAUUUUACUCUGUUUAACGCCAGACGAUUUUACUUGUCAAAGGGAGAGAGCUGGCGCUAAAUGCAUUAAUGUCCUUAUAUAUAAGAAAGGGUAAAGUGGAAAACUUAAUGGAAUAUGCUAGUUUUACAUUUAUUCUGAAACUAUUUUUUUAUACGGAAUGGUUUUGUAUCUUAUCUGUAUAAAAAAGAGUCGUUUCGUUCUGUGAUCAAUGUUCCAUUUCUGCAACUCAUACAGUUGUGUCUGAUCAUAAAUUUCAUCUCAGUCGCGUGCGAGAAUAGCGGCUACAGUUUGACUCUAUAUACCAAACACUGCAAGUGGUACUCCGGUCUCCGGCUCCAGUAACACUGGACCAAUACAGGCACGAGCUUUCUGGACUCCUAGGCCCGCUAGGGAGAGCUGCUUAGGGAAAAAUGUUAGUCACAUUUUCUCCUGUGACAAAACAAGAUGAACAAGAGAUGAUCCUUCCUGCAUGAUAUUUAGCGGGGAGAACAAUUGAGAACUGCAUGAUAUAGAGCAAAAACUGAUUAAAUAGUUAAGUCAAUUUUACAACCGGCAUUAAAAGCAAGUUUAUAGUUCGGGUGUUGUCAUGCAUACAGUAUAUAUUGAAGCGCGUGUUUGAAAGAUUUCAUGGUUAAUAUAUUGACGUUGUUUGCCUAUAUUAAAUACAAUUUCCCAGUCACAGCCAAAGUUUAUAUACAUAUUCUUACCACAUAUGGCCAAAGUAUAUCUCUUAGAAAGAUCGUUUAAAUUUCAGCCCCACUUGCGGUUAACACUUGAACAUAAUUUCGUGUGAAAUUGGCCCACCGCCCUACCCCUGAAAAGGCCGAGAAUUUCUAUAUAGAGUACUGUGAAGCCUAGCUGGAUCUGAAACGACGAUGAGAAUGCAUGCAUAUAAUGAUCGAUAGUAAUUGGCAGUCACGCGACCUUGGUUAGCUGUUCUUAAUGCUUUCCUAACACUAUCAUGUAUUCUAUUGAAGUUAAAACAUAGUUGGAACACUCAUGAAAACUUUGACUUUGUUUCUCUCCAGCUUGAAAUGUUCAUUGUAACGAUGCGUGACUACCGACUCUCAUCAACGCUGAUCUUCGUUUGACCGGAGCAUUAAUUAAAAAAACAGAACUCGUAAAAAGCUUGCGUGCGACUACCCAAAAUUGAAACGUCAUUGUUCAAAGAGAAUUGAAUUUAUAUCUUUGUUAAUUUUUUUCAAACUCUCUUGUGAUAUAAACUGUAUCCGCACGAAGAGCCAUUAGCGUUAAAAUUAGCUGCAAUAAAAAUAUUGGUCACACACCGAAUAUAGUGUAACAUUACGAAAUACAGGCCCUCUGUAGCUACUCCGGUUACCCUUGCUCGCCCUGCAUGGCUACACGAAAGGAACCUUUUAGAAUAAAGAGAAAUAUCUAGUAUAAAUACUAUUUAUUAAAUAGUUAUAUAUACCUCCCAUUGCGGGUGUGAAUAAUACUCUUUCAGUAUUAAUUGUUGAACGAUUAUCAGUCUGAGUGGCAACUACACAUUUUUUUAUCAUGCUUUUACAACUUUUUUUAUCAUGCCUUGCGGCACUGAGCAUAUUAGCGUUCGAACUUGAACCCUGACCUGGCUUGAAAUAAUUUAUUAAGUAUAGAAACACUUUUAGUCCAAAAAUUGGAAAUGCAAUCUAUUUUACUCGGCUUUCAAAAAUCGCAGAUUUAUUCUUGGUCGGGCAAAUCCUUUCAGGAUUAUCAAAACUGAACCUUUUAUUGAAAAAAGGCCAUUUUCAAUUCGAUUAACUGGUACAGGGCGUAUUUCAGCGAGACUUUAGGGUCACACAUAAAAACAUACAAGUAAUUGUUACAGGUCUGCACACAAGUUGUCACAAAUCUGUUCGACAAGUUGUGUUCGCAUUGCUCGUUCCCCGUUGUUGUAACAAGUUUGGAAGAAGCUGUUCGCAAGUUGUAACAAACUUGAUGGCAUUAUUAUCAGACUUGUUGCAAGGUUGUUUUAACACGUCUGACAUGUCAUGAUAUAAAAAGAAUGUUACAAGGUUGACGAAUCAAUGUUGUAACAAUGAUUGUAAUAUCAUGACUGCAUGUGCACGUGUCAUGAGACUUGUUGGAACAACCUUGCAACAAUUAGUCCGAUAAUAUCAACAAGGUUGUUACAAGGAUGUUUAGCAGCAUGUGGCAAAUUUGUUGACAACUUGGGACAAGCCAUGCGAACUGAACUUAUUGACGGUAUGUUGGCGGACUUGAUUUGCGAUGUAAGAUUUUGCAUGUGUAAGGCAGGUAGCAAACGUGACGAAGUCUGCCAGGCCGGUGGAGGAUUUGCGUAUAGGAUGCGUGUAAUUUCCCAGUGGCUGCUUGAAACACUCAUGUAUUUUUGGUUUCCUCACGUGUCAGUCGAGAGUUUUUGUCCGGCUCCUCUGUUUUUCCUUCUUCACUGAAAGCUCGCCUUUCGAAAGCUUCGCCGCAUUUUCAUAUGUGAACAUGACUUUUCACAUGUAUUCCAAAUAGUCCACAUAAUGAAAUAAUUAUUUCACAUGUGAAAUCAAUUUUCACAUAAUUGUGAACCGUUAUUUCACAUGUGAAAAAAUAUGUGAAACUUAAAUUUUGCAUGUUGAAAAAUCUGAAUUUCAUUAUUUUCAUAUAUGAAAUCAACAUUUUCACAUGUGAAAUGUUCCAAAUCAGUUGAGACAAAUUUCACAUUAGUACAGUUCCACUGCAAAAAUUUCCUGAGUAUUUUGACUAAAAAAGUGUCAUUGUGUAAAAUAAAUUAAAUAAUGCACUCACAUGGAGUGAUUCGAAAUUUUGAGUAAAAUUACUGAACAUUUAUCAGCAAAUUCAGCAACAUUUUAGUGUAAAGUUUCAAACUAUUUACUAAAUUUUUUGAGUAAAAGAUUUACUUUAUUUCCUUUAUACCCCCAAGUUUUGUAAAUUUGCUGAUAAAUUUGUCCAUAGCCUAUCAAAGGAAAGAUGACUGUGAAAUCAUUUAAAUAACAAUAUAAUUUACUCAUUAUUUAUGUUAUAGUCAACGUUUAUUCAUAUUAAAGUCUGGACCUUCACCGUCAUGUGCGUAUAGUAUUUUUGCCAAAUCCACCAAUAGCAAUUUUCAAUUUCCCUAUAUUAUUGUUCGAGUCACGGAUACAUGUAGGUAUAACUUUUCCUAAAACAUUGCUAUUGGUUAGUUGGGCAAAAAUACAAUACCCAUGUGACGGUGAAGGACCAGAUUUUAAGAAUAAACGUUCACUAUAUAACAUGGAUAUAAUCGGUUAUAUUGUUAUGAGUAAUUUCACAGCCAUAUUUCCUUCGAUAGGCUAUGAUUUCGGCCUGAGUAAUUUUACUCAAUCCAAAUUUUAAGUCACUGCAUGUGGGUUCAUUAUUUUGCUUAUAGUUAUUUCCAUUAACAAGUUUUGUAUUAAUUUGGUUGCUAUACUAUAGCUAGAAUAUUCGCCCACAUUCUGUAAACCUCAUGACCGCAAGCACGUAUAGACACUGGUAUUAAAAAAAAACUAACCUUUCAAUACAAAUCUUGCGAAAUCCUUUCCGAUAAGCCGCUGUGACAAUAUACAAAACUAAAAAAAAACAACGUUAAUUUGAUAUUUGACAACCAUUUUACCCGCGGUAAGAAUCACUGACUAGGCAAAAUGGCAUGUGAGAGAUAUUAGGGACUUUUAGAUCUAUUUUAGAGUUUUUGUUCAAACGGCAAAAUGUAAGGAACCACGUGACUAUGGGCUACUAUCGAUGAUUGCGUUUGUGAUUGUUGGAGCGAUUUUUCCCGUAAGUCAUUUCCCUCAAACAUUUAUUUCUGAAAAGCGAUUUAUCUCACGUUUUUAUAAUUUAGUCGGUUUAUUUGUUAUAUACCUAAAAGUCUAAGUUACAUUAAAGAUUAUUAAAUGUUUCAUACGGCUUUUAUGUUCCGAAAUUCAAUUCACGUAUGCUUCGUAUAUUAAAUUAAUGGCCGCCAUAUUUUUAUGUUUUGCUUUAUUUAAUUAUAUUUUGAGUGUUUUAUCCGACACAGAUAUGGAAUUUUAACAGCUAGAUAUAUUGAAAUAUGAAUAUUAAUUUAAAACCAUUGAACCUUUGAAAACUAUUAAAAACUUAUUUAACUGAAACAUAAAACUUGCCAUAUAGUGUCACGUGAAAGUUCUUUAAAAAUUUACGAAGAAUCGAAAGCUAACCGCCGGUUUAACAUCGAAGGGAAAAUGGAAAGGUCUCUGUUGCUAUGAUUUAUAGCUACUUGUGGCAGACCAUCUGCCUAAAACUCAGUGUCACGUGCAUGCAACCAACAAAUUGCAUUGUCAUCGAAUUCAUCGCUACCUAAGAUUAGUACUAUACACCAUGCAUCUAUCGAAGAUAAGGUUUAUGGUUGCCAUGCGUUUUGAAAAUUUUGAAAAAACAGGAUGCAAUUGAACAACUCACUAUAUGCAUACAUGUAGGCCUAUGCAUGCUAUAGCAGUUGAUUUCAAACAAACCAACGUGACCUUGUGUGACAUGAGUGUAGUUAAGGAAAAACCACGUGAAAAUAUAUACAAUGUAACAGUCUGUCCCUAUAGAAACAAUGCGACAAAUUAUAAAUCAAUUCCAAAUCCAAUCAGAACGCCGGAACCGACCCUUUACCUGCACCUGUACCGAGGUCAGCGUAGGGCAAGCUAAUGUGAGUAAUGGCCAUGAUGUAAUUAUCUUGCAUUCCUCAAUCAAAACUCUAAUAUCGAGAUGUUUCUUAGCCAGAGCUACGAUAUUUACAAAAGAAAUGUAGAGUUGUGCAGAUUUAAUACAGUAUAUAUAUAUGAAGAUAAAAAUGUUUGCUGUGCUAUAUGAUGUGACAUUGUCCAUCAGUAUAUACAUUUGAAAAGCUUAGAUGCAUGCCACAUUCCAACUAUAGAAACUAUAUAGUAUAUUAUGACUCUAUAUAAAGUUUAGAUAUAUAGUUUGUAUAUGGUUUAUAUAUACCGUGUGUCCCAAAAAAACUGGACAUUGUUUGAUUUCAUGUAACGUAAAAGCUAUAAAAGCCAUCGCAAUGAAAUAAAGAGCAUUGCAUUCAGAAAGGACUAACGAAGAUUUUGAUAUAUAACACUUGAAUUUACAUGCAAUAUUGAGCGAGAUACAACCAAAAUAAAAAUAUUUAUUAUUUAACAAGUAUAACUAUACAUCGGUAAUAAUAAGGAUGUUUUAUGCUAAUUUUUGACAUUUUCAAAAACAGCAGUUCAACGUAGUCAAACAUCAAUAACGCAGUCAAUAUUGUAUGUAAAUUCAAGUGCUAUAUAUCAAAAUCUAAGUUAGUCCUUUCUGAAUGCAAUGAUCUUUAUUUCAUUGCGAUAGCUUUUAUAACUUUUACGUUACAUGAAAUCAAACAGUGUCCAGUUUUUUUUUUGGACACCCGGUAGAUACUAUAAAGUAUGAUUCUAAACAAUGAGCUUGGAUACACACUGACAAAACUAUAUAACAACACGGGCAUAUAUACUCUCCAGAUGGAAAAAGAUGGUAAAACAUUAACUUUCCCGAAGGAACGGAGCCGGUUGUCCUCAACUUCCUUUCGUAGCCUCUGAAUCGAAUUGAUUAAAAUUUCGUUGUAAGACGCUCAAAAUCUCUUUCAUAACACCAAAAAUGCUUUAAACAAACUUUAUAUUCUUAUAACGUUCUCACGAUCAAAGGCACUUGAAUUAUGUUUUAAAAUAGCAGCACUACAAAUAAAGAGCUAAGCACGAGAAUUCAUACAUGCACGGCUCUUUGAAGAACGCCGUGAAGAACUCUUCGAACAAGCCAGAUUGUGACGUCUCUUUCAUCCUGAUGACCGUUUGAAAAACAUUUUGCAUUCAAGACUCUUUGAAGAAUGAUGUCAAGUAUUAGUCAAGGACGAGUUAAUUUCGACACCAAAUUUGAAUCACGCAAUGACGCACGAUAUUACAUCAUUGUAAUAAAGGGAAUAUACAGCAACAAAAAUCAGGUUUUGAGCAGUCCAGACAUAGCUUCUUUGUAUCAUAUCAUAAAGGAAAAUGACCAGGCAAAUACUAAUCGAAGUUUUCCACCGUUUACAAUGCGAAGCUAUUGAAAAACUGAAUAAAUCAUAUUUGCAUUUAACGUUCAUGAUUUUCAUUUAAAAUUAGAAUUUACAAAGCCAUUGUAUAACUGCAGUUCUAAGCUUACUGUUUGGGAGGAUAUAGCUAUUAUAGUGUACUUGCAUGGGCUAGUUUUCAAAAUUUGAAAUUUCUGUCACCGUUUCAAGAUACAGUGAGUGAGACAAUAGGGCCAUUUAUACGGGACAAAAUAAGUCGCGACUUACAUAAGACGCGUCUUAUAUAAGCGGAGUUGUCGCAUAAAUGGUUCUCUACGGCUUUAUUCUUAUUUACUCGCUAUAGCUAUGUUGUUCCGGUUGUUUUUGUUUUAAUAUGCAAGGCUAAUAAUUUUACGUUGUUUCAAGUUUCGGGCAUGUGUAGUUAGAAUUUUUGUCCAAAAUUUCUUAUUUCAGACGCGACUUAAAUAAGAACAGCUAAAAGUCCUGUUCUUAUGUAAGACGCGUCUUACAUAAGAAUUUUGUACCUUUUAUACGACAAACUCGCGUCUUAUUUAAGUCGCGUCUUAUUUUGUCCCGUAUAAAUGGCCCUAUUCUGAUACAUACAUUGUACAGGCAUGUGACACCAAUAUCACAAUGGUCCUCUCAGCGAGCCGAAAUUGAUGGUGUACAACACUUUCGACCGGCAAUUUUUAAUCGGCUCCUAUUUGGUCAUUUUUUCUUGAAAUGACACAAAAACGGUGUCAUUGGAAAGCUCAAACUUUGAUGCACUCCGUGCACUCAAUAUUAAACGCAAAAAGCACUCUAAAGUUGGAAUACCUUUUUUAAAAUACCCCUGUUACUCUGGGGCUGGAAAUAACACUAUUUGAGUUAACUUAAUACUCAUGUAUGCUUAAAUUUCCUGGUUAUUUUACCUCUCGUUAAUGUAAUGAGCAAUCUGGUUAUAUUUGACCAGCACGUCCUUGUUAAGAUAGCCAGACUACACUAUAGGUAGAUAUAUAACCAUGCAGCGACCCUCAUGGUUAUUUAUCCACCUAGCAUAUAGUCUGUUUACUUCAACCAGGAUGUCCUGGUUAAUUGGACCUUUCCCCUUAUAACUAAAAUUUUGAUCUAGACAAGUCUAGACAAAAAUUUCAUCACAGCUUGAAAGAGCAACACAAAAUUAGUAAUAUUCCGAAGUUUCGUUGCGAAAUGUUGUAAAAUGCGGAUAAUAUAGCCCUGCGAAGUUUGCCGUUUUUCAGUCAUUUUGUUGUUUUUCGUGGUAAAAAUUUUGCUGACCCAACCAUUAGAAAGUCAAAAAUUUGAUUACCCAACCUCAACUGUCAAUUAAAAAAUAAAUACCCACCCCUGGCCAAAAACUUUACAAAAGGAUACCUUUACCACUUCUGUGACAUGAGUUUGAUAACGGCUUUCUGCAGUCUAAAGUUUCAUAUUGUCUGCACGUGUUGUUUCUUUGGAGACACCAUUUGUCUCCCAUGCAACAAAUCGGAAAAUGAUCAAGAUAAUAACUCUGAUUGAUUCACAUAUUGUAUCUACAUAUGACUGUUGACAUUGCUUUUUAGUCUUCAAUAUUUGAAUGAGUGAUGCUUUGGAAAUGACAACAAUUUUUUAUGACCCAACCCUUGAGUUGUUUUGUUUUUCAUUUACCCAACCUUUUACUCACUCAAAAUUUUGUUUACCCAACCCUUUUCUCUUCGGUGCCACCCCCGCCAUAAAUAAUGACCGCUCCCUAAUACAAAAUGACCGAAAAACGGCAAAUUUCGCAGGGCUAUAUUAUCUGCAUUUUACAACAUCUCGCAACGAAACUUUGGAAUAUAACUAAUUUUGUGAUGCUCUUUCAAGCUGUGAUGAAAUUUUUGUCUAGAUCAAAAUUUUUGUUAUAAGGGGAAAGGUCCAUUAUAACCGUACAUUACACUAUACGUUACAUUACAUUAUUAUUAUUCAGCCCACUCCCCAUUGGGGCUUUUCAGUGACCGAUUAAAUCAAGUAUGACGCUUACUUAAUAUGUCACUUACUUAGCCUAGACUAUUUAUCUUUACAGUUUACAACAAUUGUGAUUACUUUCAUAACUGUGUCAGUAUCCUAACCCACCCUGUCAACUUUCCCUGUGGGAGGAAACCGGAACACCCGGAGAAACCCACUGGCAGAGAGCGUUGACAAACUCUUUUCCUGACAUGAAUCCGUAGCGAGAAUCGAUCUCAGAGGAAACGCGCUUGCCUUGACGACCACGCCACCGAAGCCCCCAUAUAGGCUAUGGUAGAGAAGAUUAAAACAUAACCAGGAAAUUUAACCAGGGAUAUUAAGUUAACCCACAUAGGAUUAUAUUUCUGGGCAAAUAUCAGAAUUUGGGGCAUCUAUACACUCGAGAUAACCAAUUCAUAAAAGAUGAAUUUCGUAUAGAUGACUAUCUACAAUAGGUUAUAUCAUUCUACUAACUAUGGUUAUAUCGAGUAUUGAUGCCCUGCAAACCCUGUUAUUUACCCAUACACCUUACAUUGGCAUCUGCACCUUAGUAUGACUAUCUAUACAUGGACUUACUGUUAGAGCUCGAAAACUGGCCUCUGUAGCUCAGUUGGUUAGAGCGCUGCACCGAAAUUGCAGGACCACAGGUUCGAUUCCAGCCUGCAGAAGGCCUAGAUAGUUGCAUUUUUUGCAACUGCUCCUGGUUAGGUGUAACAAAUGUAUAAAAUCCACACUCGAAAUUUCUAUGUGCAAAACCCACCUACAAUUAUUUCUAGGCAGGGAAAUUUUAACCAGACUGUUUUUAGGCGGUGAUCUGCGUGGGCGAGGAAUAAAGGAGGGCAGCUGUCAAUGGACCAUUUGCAUUAUAGACUAAAUUUUGAUCUAGACAAUUCUAGACAUAAAUUUCAUCACAGCUUGAAAGAGCAUCACAAAAUUAGUAAUAUUCCAUAGUUUCGUUGCGAAAUGUUGUAAAAUGCGGAUAAUAUAGCCUUGCGAAGUUUGCCGUUUUUCAGUCAUUUUGUAUUACGCGCACGGGAAAUUGACAGCCCAAUCGGGUGUUGGGGCAUCAAUUUCCUGUUUGUAAUACAAAAUGACUGAAAAUUGCAAAUUUCGCAAGGCUAUAUUAUCCGCAUUUUACAAUAUUUCGCAACGAAACUUUGGAAUAUUACUAAUUUUGUGAUGCUCUUUCAAGCUGUGAUGAAAUUUUUGUCUGGACCAAAAUUUAGUCUAUAAUGCAAAUGGUCCAUUUCUCUAUGAUGCAUGCGGGAAGGUGGCUGCUUGCUCGUUCUUCUUUCCAACCGAUCUACUAUAUUUACAAGCAUUCUUAAGUAAUUGCCUGCUCUGAAUGCUUCGAAUUUAUGUCUUUGAUAUAUGCUUGUACCAUUAAAGCAUGUACAUAAUUUUGUAAGACGCCAUUGUAAUUUAUGGCUCCUUAAUAGCGGAAUAUUUUCCACACAGCAUAAUGGUUGAUAGGGUUACGAAGAACUUUUUGCUAUAAUUAGAUAUUUCUACUUGCAGGGGAGAUGAUAUAGUAAUAACACUUUCAAUUUGAUGAGGUUAAUUGCAGAGAUAACUCGGGAGCUAUUUUCCAGUCUCGUCAUAAAAUAUAUUACAUGAAUACCGUAAAACUACUGAUAAAACUUGCCGCACACCAGUGCUGUGCGAGAAACCAGUGCUGUGCCAACCGCCUCGUGUGGCAGCUACAGUCAGUUUCAAAUGUCUUGGGACAGAUGCCACAAACACUAGAAUUUCAACAAACGUCAAUCCCCCCGCCCCCUAUUCAAUGCUAUGUGCCAUUUCUCGUCAAAUUUCAUGUGUUGGUUUAAUUAAAGGGAAAUGGCAAUAUAAAUUUUUAUUUUCUCAUUUAAAAGAACUUUUGAAACUAUAUACUAACUUCUUUUACAGAUUUUUCAUAUCUUGCUCAAAUAUUUUCACUUGAAUUAAGAGAUGUCCGCCAUCAUGGAUACAUUUUGUAUCUCAUUAACGGUAGUUUUGGUGACGUCACAACAGGGAUUAACCAUCUAAAAGUACUCGUUGCUGACCAAAUAUUGAUUGGUAGAUGUUUUAAAGGUUUUGAGUGAUCUUGAUAUUUCCAAGGGCAGACAGAGUAUAGUUUUGAAUGCAGAAUGAUUAGUGGUUGUCUAGAUAAAAAUAUUGCGUGACCCCUGUUGUGACAUGACAUGCAUAUCUACAAAAAAUGAAGAUCGCGGACAUUCAUUCCUUUCGAUCAAGAUAUUUUUGUAGAAAUAAGCAAGAUAUGAAAGAACGGUAAAUGAGUAUUAUAUAUAGUCUUAAAAGUUCUUUCAAAUGAGAAAAUAAAAAAUAUACUGCCAUUUCCUUUUAAGCAACAUUGAUUGGAGAGGGGAGGGCGAGGGGAGCGGUAUUGUAACUAUUGUGUAUUGUGUAUAACAAACUGCAAUGAUCCACUUACAAUCUAAAACUACGUGUGUCCCAAUAACUUGUGAAAGUGAUUGUAACUCAGCAUGCUUCUCUCGUGUGUGGAUAGUUUUCGAGAGGAUUUGACCUCUCGAGGCCUCACUUGAAAAUAUCUAUAUCGUGUUUGAUAUUUUUCACGAAAAAAUCUAAACGUCUGCGGAUGUUGCGAGCUUAGUGCUGAGCUGCUUGCAUUAACUAGCCAAUGAGAACCCAUAGUUUCCUCACGUGACUUUGGUCAAAAUCAUGGCGACAAUGGAGGGAAAACUGAGCAAACGAUCUUAUCAACGAUGUUGUUAUUGAGUAGUUUUCCCAACACUGAUGUGCGGUGAAAUAUGCAUGGCUGAGCUAGUCGCUACGCGAGGCGGUUAGCUCCAUAGAAAUUAUAAAUAACACUAGAGGAGGCAUUGUAAUCUUAAUUCAGUAAAAAAAAGGGAACGCGACUAUUGGGGGGCAAAUUCAAGUCCCGGAUGUGUAUUCGUGUUCCCAUUGGUGACGAGUUUCAAAUCAGCCAAUGAGAGCACGAUUUUAUAUCUGUGACUUGAAUUUGCCCCCCAUUAGCUGCAUUCCCAAUUUUUAAACUCGAUGCCUCCUCUAGUGUUAUUUAUAAUCUCUAUGGUUAGCUCAGCAAGUUUCUCUCGUGUGCGGCAGGCAAUUCAAUUGAAAUUUACCAGAACGUGUUAUUUGGAUGUAAUAUUUCAAAUCCGACUAUGAGAGCUGGACCAGAUUUCAAGUCCGCGCAAUUUGAUCAAGUCCGAAGCAAAGCCGAGGACUGAAUCAAUAGGGCCAUUUAUACGGGACAAAAUAAGUCGCGACUUACAUAAGACGCGUCUUAUGCGUCUUGAACGCGCGAUCUGUGAGGAACAAAACAGCGGCUAUUAUGGAUUACAUACGCGACAACAAUGUGGACCUGUGUGCAAUCAUUGAAGCUUGGUUGACUCCAGAUGACGCAGCGGUAAGGGCAGAACUUUGUCACCUAAUGGAUUCAAGUUUCUAGACAACCCUCGCACUGGCCGCCGUGGUGGCGGGAUUGGGUUGCUUUACCGCGACUCUCUGCAGGUCAAAACAGUCAACUCGGGAGAGAAGAGCUCGUUCGAAUUCUCUGAGUGCAUUGUGACAUCAUCAUCCUCUCGCGAUCUACGAGUUGUCAAUAUUUACCGCCCCCCAUAUUCUGGUGAGCACAAAGUUACCACCUCGAGUAUUUUUUACGGAGUUCGCGAACUAUUUUGAAGCCUUCCUGUUAUGUAAAGAGCAGUUGAUAAUUACGGGGGAUUUCAACAUACAUAUCGAUUCCCCUGAACAACCGGAUGCACGGACGUUCCUCGACCUCUUAGAUUCUUUCGGUCUUAAACAGAAUGUUAUGCAACCUACUCAUAUCAGCGGACACACCUUGGUCCUACUUAUUACUCGCAUAUCAGAAGAUAUUAUAAAGGACCCUCCUGUUGUUGAUCGCUUUAUAUCAGACCAUGCUUCAAUUCUGUGCAAUCUGCAGCAAGCAAAACCAGCUCUAACUAUAGUGUCGAGAACCUACAGGAAGAUUAAAUCUGUGAAUCUGGCAUCACUCGAGGCAGAUUUAGCUAUGUCUGGAUUAUGUAGGGAUUCACUCGAAGAAUAUGAUCUUGAUGAACUUGUUCGGAAAUACGAUAACGUACUUUCUGAUGUUACAGAACGUCACGCUCCUUUGAAGACCAAGAGAAUGGUGGCGAGACCUGCUGUUCCCUGGUACAAUGAGGAGAUUGAUAUUGCUAAACGGUUACGACGAAAAGCCGAAAGGAAGUGGAGGAGAACCAAAUCGGUCGUUGACUUUACUCACUUUAAACAGAAGAGAAACCAGGUGACGUACAUCAUGAAUCAGGCCAGACGGAAAUUCUACGCCGAUUUUAUUGAAGAGAAUAAGGCAGAUCAGGGACAAUUAUUUAAGGCCGCCAAAAAACUUCUGGGAAAAAAAGAGGAACUAUCUUUUCCAGAUCAUUUUGAAAAAGUGUCCUUGGCCAAUGACAUCGGCAGAUUUUUUGUAAGGAAAAUUGAGAAUAUACGCUCAGACAUUAACGCGGUCCAAUUCGAUCUUGAUGUAGUACCCAAGGAUCUGGUGCUAAACGAAACUCAGACAUUCAGUGAUUUUCAGCAACUCACUGAGGAGGAUGUAACAGCGCUAGUACAAAAGUCAGGGAAAAAGUCAUGUGCACUUGAUCCCAUGCCUACCGGAUUAGUAGUCAAGUGCUAUAUAAAUUGUAAUUAUUAUUAUUAUUAUAUUAGCGGAGUUAUCGAUGUUGGGUUAUCGUAUAAAUGGUUCUCUACGGCUCUAGUCUUAUUUACUUGCUAUAGCUAUGUUGUUUUGGUUGUUUUUGUUUUAAUAUGCAAGGCUAAUAAUUUUACGUCAGUUGUUUCAAGUUUCAGGCAUGUGUAUUUAGACUUUUUAUCCAAAAUGUCUUAUUUAUUUAAGUGACUUAAAUAAGAACAUGCAGCUAAAAAUCCUGUUCUUAUUUAAGUCGCGUCUUAUCCAAGACGCGACUUACAUAAGAAUUUUGUACCUUUUAUACGAACUCGCGUCUCAUUUAAGUCGCGUCUUAUGUAAGUCGCGACUAAUUUUGUGCCGUAUAAAUGGCAUGAGGACUUGAAAUCUAGUCCAGUCUGAAUUGGAGGAUUUGAAAUGACAUCUCAUACGAAUAAAUCACUACUAAAAGUCAGGAGAAUAAAUUUUGAUCCAGUCCAAGGACUGAAUUAAUUUUGAUCCAGUUCUGGGACAGGAUCGGUAUACUUUACCAGGUAUCCAGUAUUAUCAUGUGAGCAAAAUAAAGCAAUACGCUUGGAUAAUUUACCAUGAAUUAUUAAUGAGUUUGAGAUGUACGCAUAGAAAAUUCAAGGACUCAAGGACUCGAUAAGUAUUCAAGAAUAUUAAUUAACCAAUCUUUACUUCUUCGUUAUUUUAGGGCUAUGAAGCCGACCCAACAGAUCCACCGUGUGUUGCAGACGGAGAACUAUGUACAACAAAUGAGCAAUGCAUCAGAAUGUGUUCCACUGGAGGUCCAGGGUUUUGUGAUACUAGUAUAAGUCCGUCUGCAUGUUUUCCGGACGGAGAGAGUGGCCCGGUUAGAGAUAUGGAUGACGGCUUUGAGCGCAACUUUUCACAUUUGAGGACAAAGAUAUAAAACUAUUAUAGACAUUAUAUAUCUAUGCUAGAUAUACCUUAUACUGUAUAUUUAUUAUUAAAACCAUUGUAAAUUAUUGUAUGAAAUCUUAUGUCAGUUGUAUACUGUUGUAAGUGCCAGCACUGCAUGUCAUCGACUUAUUCAGGGACCGCGGAGCCUGUUUAAAAGUGGGAGUGGGGGCAGGAUAGCAAAGGAGCUAUACCACGCAGGCAGGCUGGAUUUUAUCCUGUAAUUUUUUUCUCCACCGAAAAAGUGGGGGGUCCAUGCACUCCCCACCCCCCUGUUCCGCGGUUCCUGUUAUUUAUUAUUUUACAAACAAAUAAUACAGUCUCAUCUUAAUUAAUCAGUUACAUUUAUAUAAUAUGAUAUACUUUAAAUGAAUUAAUCCUACCAGGAUUUACUUAAUUAACACAUAUCAUUAUGUACAUAUUACGCUACGGAACAAAAUAUACUCUUAUUUAUGAAGCGAUCCGCUAAUACCAUAGAUAUCUUAUAUACACUAGAUAGUGCAGCAUCUAAUUAUUCUGCAAUUCAAAAAUUGAAGCCGUGAUUGCAGUCUCAGGUCGUUCCCAUGAAAUGAGAAGAUUCGUAUGUUUUCUAUUUAUUAAACAGGGAACUUAAACAUUAAGUUAACCCUAUUCCAAAUACAUCUUCAAACUAUUCAAAUGAUGAAAGUUUUUGUUGUUUUUAUGCGUUUAUUAGGAAGUGGGAACGACCAACAUGGCCGCCAUCUAUUCAAAUGGGGGUAACCGCUGGAAUAUUCUUGGCUUUAAUUUUACUAAAAGAGAUGCGCUAUCUAGUGUAUAUAAGAUAUCUAUGGCUAAUACAGUAUAGAGAAAAUAUAACCAGCUCUUCCAAACAAUGGUAUGUGUUCAGAACUAUGAAAUUGAUUUAGUGGAAAACCUCCAUGGAGACCUUCUGAGCAGCUGUGUACUGUCUACAGACUCCGUUAUAAUAGCAAAGUUCAGACUUGAAUUCCACUAUACCGCUACCAUUAGCCAAUCAAAUGCAUUUGACAUACCCGAUUAACCAAUCAGAUGCGUCCUAAGCCAGUGAGAGGUGGUGAUAGCGGUAGUAGAAGUCAAUUCUGAACCUCUCUAAUAACUAAAGCUAGAUUUCCACUUGCAAGAAAUAUUUCGCUGUCGCAAUCAGUUUUUCGAUUCGCUCAGUCUCUUUUCAAUUAAGGGGUGUUUAUAUGAGAGCGGCUAACCCCGCGGCUAACCAGAUCGACUAAUUUCUUCCAUGUAUUUCCGAGUGGCUUCAAAAACUUUCCUAAAAUAGAGUUGUUGGAAUAUUCGGUGUGAAAUUGUCUUUCAGUUAAUGGAAAUUUUUUCUUGUCUAAAAGGAAAGACAGUCGUGAUAUGAAUCAACCCCGAUAUUAUACUAGCUUCUCUCAUAUAAACAGCUCCUAAAGCCUGGUUCCGGCUCCUAAAGCCAGGUCUUUUUGUCUGGCAAAGUUUUUGUGAUCACAGUAGGAAUUUUGCAAAGGUAAAUUCUAAGUUUUGAAAGAUUUGUAAGAAACGUUUGAGGAAACUUACUGAGUGUUUAUCGUUUACUCAAACAUUUCUUAUAAAUCCUUCAAAACUUAGAAUUUACCUACGCAAAAUUCCUACUCUGAUCACAGAAACUUUGAUAGUGUAAACCAUGCAGGCUUAAUUAAGGUAAUCCAAAUCACACAUUGCAGUAUUACAUGUUCGACAUAGUAUCUUGGCAAAAUAUUACCUAGAUUAUUGCUGAACUGUUCUUUGUUUGCACUUGACGUCAUGGCAGCCAUGUUGGAGGGAGGCUAACAAAAGAAUAUUGUUAGCAGCUAUUGUAUUUGAAGCGUGCCGUUUCCUCCGACUUGGCUGCCAUGUCUUUGUCUUAUAAAUCCCAAAGGGUUCAUUGCAAACCAUCAAUGAAGAUGACAACAUAUUGCCAUAAAACAGUAAAAUAGUAAACUACAUAUUAAUAAACUUGUACCUAACAAUUAAGGGACAAGUCAUUAACUCAUUAAUCAUGACGGGGGGUGGCGCCGAAGAGAAAUUUUUUUCUUGGUAAACAUUUUGCUGAUCCAACAGUUAGUUUUAGUCAAAAGAUUUUCUACUCAACCUCAAAUAUCAACUAAAAAAUAAAUACCUACCCCUGGCCAAAAACUUUACAAAAGGAUACCAUUCACUUGUCACACACUAUAGCUUGGGCAAUUUUCUGCAGUCUAGAGUUUUAUGUUGUCUGCAUGCACAUGUACUUUCUUUGGAGACACCAUUUGCUUUCUUCCAAAUCGAAAAAUCGUCAAGGUGAGUGACUCUGAUUGAUAUUGUAUUGACAGAUGACUGUGGACAUUGCUCUUUAGUCUUCGAUAUAUGAGCGAGUCAUGCUUUGGAAUUGACAAUAAUUUUUUUCCCAACCCUUAAGUUGUUUUGUUUUUAGUUUACCCGCGACAUUUUACUCAUUCAAAAUGUUGUUUACCCAACCCUUUUCUCUUCGGUGCCACCCCCAACCACAAAUAAUGACCAUGCAGUCCCUAAGCCAAACUUAAAUAUACUAUAAUUGUAAAAUCAUUAAUAAUUCAUAAAGAAAAUUCAAAAGAAAUGUUUAAUGAGGUGCUGUAUCCAUCACUUUUUCUGGCUGAAAUCGUUGUUUCACAAGCUACAGUAUAUACAGCAUUCGUGUCCGUAUUCAUAUCAGACAUACAACCUCUCGCUUUUAGCUCGAGUUUGUGUAUCCAUAGGCAUACAGGAGGAAGGGAGAAGGAAGGGGAGGGCAAAGAUGUUCGAAACAGGGGCUGAUUACAUGGAGAGAGUUUUCAGCCCGGACUGAAUUUCAACCUGGUUAGCCGAGCUCAAAUUGUUUCACGACAACUGAUUAUAUUACAUGGUAAGUUUCUGGCACCAGGAUGAAAUCUUAGCGCUGAGCCGCGAGAGCUAUUUCGCUUCUUUGAAAAAUUAUUUUUCUCUAUUAUUUGAUUUGUGCGAACUCGACUGUGAUUGCAUUUAAAAGUUUUAAAAAUAGUACAGACAAAAAUAAAGCCACUGAAACGAUUGCUUUUUAACACGGGCUAAAAUUUCGGCCUGGUCAAAUGAAAUGGUCAACCCGGGUAGCUUCAACCGGGCUGAAGUUUUCGUCAUGUACGCGCUUCUUGUGUUUUAAUAGGAUUCAGGGUCGUAGCCACGGGGGGGGGGACGGGGGUCCGCCGCCCCCCACACUUUUCUCAGGACCAAUUUUGUAAUUAUUCUAAAACUAAGGAGAAACAGGGACUUGGGUGGCGCUUUCGUCAGAGCAAUCGCCUGGUCACAUCUGAGAUCGUGGGUUCGAGUCUCGCUAUGGACUCAUGUGUGGACUCAUGUGAAAAGAGUCUGUAAACGCUCUGCCGAAAGUCGUGGGUUUUCUCCGGGCACUCACGUUUCUUGCCAUAGUGAAAGUUGACAGGGUGGGUUAGGAUAAACACACUGUAGUUAGGAAAGUAUAAUAUCAUAAUUGUUGUAAAAAUAAAUAGCUUGGUACGCGGCAAAAAACGCCGAGCCUGCUGCUCAACAGGAUUGAACAAUGUUUUUCUGCCCACGUUGUUCACACUUGUCAACUGUAUUGAACAAUAUUGUUGAGCCUGAAUCGGGUGUAACAAUAUUGUUCACAACUGUGAACAAUGUGGGCAGCAAAGCAUUGUUCAAUCCUGUUUUCAUCAGUAUUGCAACAACCUGAUCGUUUGUUUGCCGUGUAGGUAAUAUAAGUAAUCGUAAUACUUGAUGUAAUCUGUCACUGAAAACUGCCCCGAUGGGGAGUGAGCAGAUAAUCAUAAUCAUAAUCAAACAGCGAAGGGGCUAACCUCGUUGUGCUUUCAUCAAUAACAUAAAAUAUACCAAAUCUGUGGCUUUCAGAUUAUCAUAAAACGUGUAUGAAAUACAUGAAAUAGCAUUUCCAAGACCCUAAAAUAGAAACUUUUUCCGGGGGGACCAUGCCCCGGAUGGCCGAAUCCCCUAGUAGUUCUGUGUAUUCAACUAUUGGCACCCCCCUCCCCCCGCACACUUGUUUAGGGCUGGCUACGCCGCUGGUAGUAUUUUACCUGAGACAGUGUCAGGGUUGAAAACUCUCCAUGUGAUCAGCGCCUAAAGCAGUUCAUUCCGCACACUCUUCACUACAUUGAUUUAACUCACGAAGGCAAUCUUGGAAACUUUUGUCAUUUUGCCCUGAAUAUUGUUCAUAGGCAUUCACCCACGCCAGUCCCUUCAUAACGACUCUUGUAGUUUUACAAUUGUCCAUCCAUUCGCUAGGUGCAAAAUGGCAAAUCAUGAAACGGCCAUCCUUUUUUCCAAGGGUCCGGAACUCUUGGGAAUGGAGCGGAAGUGGUUGGCCAUUUUCUUCGAAAAGCUCUUCUGGGUAAACGAUAGCGAGACUUGGGCAGGAAUUUGGGUAAUCGUGGUGGAAAUGAACUCGGAGUAUAUACGUUUUCUGUUGCGAUGAUGUAAUUGUGACAUCGACAGCCCUUCGAUCGUUGCGCCAAUUAACCUUUCCCCGACCGAAAUACUCAUGUAAGCUGUCGCUUUCCAGAGCUAAACGCCUCACUUGUGCGUCCGACCAGAAUUGCAUGGGAGCCGAAUGGCUUUCGUUUUCGGCAUGACGAUACUUUUGAAUAUACUGAGCCAAGAUCACACCAGUAGCUGCAUGCUGUUCGUACGCAUUAAGCCACAGUGUACCAUUCAUAACAAUUUGGUGAAUGAAAAUGCCAGCAUUAGGAUUAGUAGUAGAAUAGCGAGGCGAAAUACGUUGAAAUCCUUCGUGCGUUCGACCAAGUGUUUGGAAUUCUGCAGCGUUCUCAGGAAUUGCAGUUCCGUUUCGUUGUUGGAGAUUAGGUGGUCGGACAACGGCUAGUGUUGGAUUGGAAAGAGGAAAAUCUUCGGGGAUAUACAAACGAAGUGUGUACUUCGUUCCGGUUAGACUUCGCACGGCGAAAUCCACAGAAAUUUGGCCAGAUGUUUCGUUACAUUCAGGUAGGACUUGUAGAUUUCUUUCGUCAAAAUAUCGACGAAGGUCCUCUUUCGAAAUUCGUGGUCUUUGCGCUUCUGCCAUUAUUCCAGAGGAACACUUUCAUACAUGCCGAAUUAUGUAGGGUGUUAUCGAAGACAUUUUGUAUGAUUUCGACCAAAAGGUGGCCCAAAAACGAAAGUGAAACGGCUGUCUUCCGAGAAAGUAAAAAAUACCUGGAAAUCUUAGUCAUUCUCGCUCAGCUUGAUUUCACUUUUUUAUUAUUAAAAUAUUCACCACAAAUGUUUAUACUUACACUGCUAUACAUAACAUGUUACAAGACAACGUACGUGAUUAUGAUUCAGGAUAGGAACAGGACUUUCGUUAACUUUACAGUUAACACUCUCACCCCUUAUAACUAAGCACUCUCUCGGCGUAUGAACAAACAAAGACCCUGACCAUGAACUUUAUAAACAUCACUAUGUAUAUUUUUACAUAUAUAGUCUAUCAAGAUAUGAUGCAUGAUUGCAUGCAUGAGCUCAUUGUAUUUUCGUAUAAUGAAGUAAUCGUCCAUACUCAAUAUAGGGAAAGCUGAGAUGAAAUUUACGUAUACAACAACGAUGAAUAAUAUUUGAUGAAGUUGAGACAAAGGAUUUGUGCACGAUGAGGUUACAGUUCAACAUCAAACAAAGGUCUUAGUCUAUUUUGUGGCUUUGAAGUUUGCCAGGCUUCCAGACCAUCUUAUUUUGACAGACUAUCAGAAACUCAAUUAUUGAUAGCUACGGGCAGGAAGUUUGUAUUGCUAGUUUGCUACUAUAUAUAAAUUAAUUAAACG